CGGGCAGGCGCCAGCCGCGUCGCCCCCACCCCGCCCAGCCUUCACCUUGCCAGCAUUGGCUCACCGACACAGGACCAGGGGUUUGGAGCGGAUUGAUUUUCUUUAACAUUUUUCCAGCAGACCACAUCCCCGCCCCCCGCUCGCGGUCCCCCGCCCCCCGCAAUAUACCCUACACACACACACACACACACACACACACACACACACGCACACCCAGCGCACAGACACUCGCUCCCUCCCUCCGGCGCUCUACCCCUCGCCCGCCCGCGGCGCACGCAGUCGGCCCCGGCUCCCCGCGCCCCGCGCCCCGCGCCCCGCCGCCGCUGAGCGAAGCCGGGCUGGGCUUGCAGCUGCUCAUGGAGAAAGUGCCGGGCGAGAUGGAGAUUGAGCGCAGGGAGCGGAGCGAGGAGCUGUCCGAGGCGGAGAGGAAGGCGGUGCAGGCUACGUGGGCCCGGCUGUAUGCCAACUGCGAGGACGUGGGGGUGGCCAUCCUGGUGAGGUUUUUUGUGAACUUCCCCUCGGCCAAGCAGUACUUCAGCCAGUUCAAACACAUGGAGGACCCCCUGGAAAUGGAACGGAGCCCCCAGCUGCGGAAGCAUGCCUGCCGGGUCAUGGGGGCUCUCAACACUGUUGUGGAGAACCUGCACGACCCCGACAAGGUGUCCUCUGUGCUGGCCCUCGUGGGCAAAGCCCAUGCCCUCAAGCACAAAGUGGAACCUGUGUACUUCAAGAUCCUCUCUGGGGUCAUUCUGGAGGUGAUUGCCGAGGAGUUUGCCAAUGACUUCCCACCUGAGACGCAGAGAGCCUGGGCCAAGCUGCGUAGCCUCAUCUACAGCCACGUGACCGCUGCCUACAAGGAAGUGGGCUGGGUACAGCAGGUCCCCAACACCACCACCCCACCCACCACGCUGCCCUCUUCAGGGCCAUAGGAUCCUGCCCAGCUCCCCCCUCCCUGGCAGCACCUUGAGCAGAAGGCCGAGUUCUGAAGACCCUCCUUGACCCUCCAUUUCUGGGUGCCAAGGAAGCUGGAGGAACCCCGACUCGUCUUCCCAGAAGGAGGCCUCAGCCACGGCCACAGUCCUCUGAGCUGCCAGGAGGCAGCACUGGCUGCCCGGAUGCUGACCCAGUGCAGUGGGGCGGGCAGGGACCCCUCCACCUGGCAGAGGGACCCUCUCUUCUUAGCUUUUCUACUCACUGUUAGAGAGGGACCUAGCUGAGCGGCUGGCGGGAAGCAGGGACAAAUGUGAGUCACUCCAGGAAGGACCCAGCCCCGUUUUGCUCUGCCGCCCCACAUACAGGCCUCCUCACCAUCUACGGUAUCAUGCACA